UUAUUUCCUUUCCUCCUGUCACUAUUACAUAUACGGACUGUGGAAAUUGAGGGAAAAGGCGGUUCCUAUCAUUUCUGGUUCUUAUAUAUAUAUAUAUAUAGCAAGUUCUUAUAUAUAUAUACAUACCAAGAAAGGCUCCAACAGCUCCGAUGGCCGACGCCUUGAACACCACAUCGUUGGCAGAGAUCUCCGAUGAAGGAAGUGUUGUGCCCUCCAACAACAACAACGCAACAUCUGACCCCAAUUCUUCUCCACCGCCACCGGCCUUAGAGAACUCGGGAGGAGAAGGAGGCAACUUCGACAUUGAUGAAGCAGCUCAGCCUCCUGAUCCAAACACAAACAUAAGAGCUCUCAUAGGCCCCAUGGUGGCACAAGCCACUUCAGCAGCAUCAGCAUCAAUUAAUAUGGGGCCAUUUGGAGAUACUGUGAGGGAAGCUAUAGUUAAUUACGUUGUGCAACCAUCUGUGAGCAGCUUGGGAUCUGAGAUAAUCGAUCACUUCUUUGUGCAACGCCAGAAUUUCAAUCGCAGAGUUGCCAUUAUGCUCUGCUUCUUUAUGUUGCUCCUGCUUCUUCAACGAUUCUUAUCGACACCUUGAAUCACUCUAUUGGCUGUAAUGUUGGGUAUUUGAAAUAGUGUCGUUCUGGUAGACGUAAUUGUAUUUGGUGAUGUAAUGUUGGGUAUUUGAAAUAGUGUCGUUCUGUUGGAUGUAAUUGUAUUUGGUGAUGUAAAAUUAUGCGGUGGUA